GUUCACUGCACUGUGUAUAAAUGACAAGUGACGAAAAUCAUGGCGGCGCUCCAGAAAUUUUCAGUGGUACAGUGCCUCCAGAUAGAAAGCAGUGCCGCAUGCCGAUUGUUGUAAAGUGAGGAUGACGGAUAAAGGUCGUGGAGAUCCGAUGGAAUUUGACGAAGACGAUGAUGGGUCCAGUGUCGCAAGCGCUUCGACUGACCCCAACGGGACGUCACGUAGCACCACUCCAAACCCUGCGAAUCGCCUCUCACGAAGCAAGUCCGUGAAGCGGACAAGCCAAAAGCCAACCCGUAUACAGUUUCGGUAUACAUCUCACGUUAAAGAAGAUCAUUCAAAAGCCAUUUUCGGCGUGGCUUUUAAUCAUCAUCUAUCCCCACAUUGUGAUCCCGUGUUUGGAACGGUUGGAUUCAAUCGAGUCUCCGUGUAUAAGUGUUCAAAGGAUGGUUCAAUGGAACCGCAGUUCGUCUUCACGGAUCCAGAUGCGGCCGAGAAUUAUUAUUCUAUCUCUUGGUCAUAUGUUGAGGAAGAAUUCGUUCCGAUUUUGGCGUUUGCUGGUGAGAAAGGCAUAAUUCGCGUCGUUUAUUGUUAUCCGAAUAAACCUAUGCCAAUUAAAACAUUCACGGGACACGGAAACGCCGUGAAUGAAGUCAAAUUUCACCCAACCAUUCCUGCCCUUCUAUUCUCGGCGUCGAAGGAUCACAGCGUGAGAUUAUGGAACACGAAGACAACUGCAUUGGUUUCGAUUUUCGGUGGGGUGGACGGUCAUAGAGAUGAGGUACUCGGAUUAGAUGUGAAUACCUCUGGUACAGCGAUCGUGUCCUGUGGGUUGGAUCAUUCUCUCAAAAUCUGGCGCUUAGAUGUACCCGAAGUUCAAAAGGCAAUAAAGGCUUCAUUUUCGUAUCGUGAUCGAAAGGGAAAAGUAGCUUUUGAAACUCUCUCCCAACAUUACCCGGAUUUUUCGACACGUGAGGUGCAUCACAACUAUGUUGAUUGUGUAGCUUGGCACGGGGAUACUCUAGUGUCCAAAAGCUGCGAACAUGAUUUGAAGUUCUGGCGGCCUGCUGCGCAGAACCAGAACAACAAUGAUGUUUGGUUGAUGCAUGAAAUUAACGUCAGAAAGAAAAAAGGGGGACCUCAGUCCUUCAUAUGGUUUGUGAAAUUCGGGUUCGACUUCCAUCACCGAAUGCUUGCUUUGGGAGAUGGAAAAAGAACCUUAAUUUAUGAUCUGGAUGUUGAGGACCCAAUGACGAUCACAACACCUUCCGCAGUGCUUUCCCAUCCGAAGUGCGAUAAAAUUGUUCGUGUCACAGUGUUUUCAUUUGACGGUGACAUCCUCAUUUCUGCAGUUGAUGAUGGAUCCAUUUUCCGUUGGGACCGUAUGUGUGAUGACGUUUGGGUACAUUUUGUGGAGUGCAAAGAUGAUCUGUGUCGGAUAACACUGAAUGAUGCGUUCCGAUUGGAAGUUGGUCGUAAGUUGCAACGCCUUGUGUCAUUCGAAAUGGAUGCCACAAAUCCUGUAGCCCAAGGAACUUGGGAGGAUGUUGCUGCUGGUCUUGGAAUGAGCGGAAAAAGCAUACAAUGUAUCAAAAACAAAGUGUAUGCUGGAGGCCUCACUAGAGAGUGGAGCACAAUCGACUUCGUGUUUUUUGAGCUCCAGAAGCAAAUCACUGUAUUCAAAUUUUUUGAGGUUCUGAAACAGGAGGGUCGGUUUGAUAUCCUCGAGAAAUGCCACGAAUAUUUACGAGACAUCAUUGAAGCGAAUGAGAAGGAUCAUAGCUUCGAACCAAAUGAUGAUGAAGACCACAGGUUCUUGCUCCGAAUAAUUCCGUCUUCGGUAUCUGAUAAGCAAAGUAAGUUCGUCCUUAUUUUUGCUGCUGAAGAUGGCUAUCCUCUAGCAAAAGAACUUACUGAAUUAUUGCCUGUGAAGACCAUUUUACCGCAUUCACCGGAAUCUGAUGCAGAAAUGUUCACGGAUUGCGAAGCAUUCGCAUUGUCCUCUUUUCGGACCGCGUCGUUUAUUGUGCCAAUCGUGACUACUGAUUAUAUUCGGACGAUAUCCACGAAAAAGCGCUUAGUAGAAGAAACUUUUGACCCGCGGGUAAAAGUGCUCAUUCGAUUUCAUCGACUGCUGGAUGCCGAGGUUGUGGGACGGAAUGGAAGUGCCAGAGUACGGCCCCUCGUGGCAAGAGACGUCGUUAAAGCGCAUAGUCAUGCCUUGAAUUUAAUCAGUUACCUCAUAACCGGUGCUUGGGUGAAUUCAAACCAAAAAGAACGACUUGCUGAAUCAAUUAUGCGUCAGCUUAAGGGAUCCAGUCAACGAUGUGAAUGGAAUUUCGCACGAGUCACCCAAGUUCGCAACUCUGGUAGAAUGAUCAAUCAUGCUGAACUUGUUCGUAUCUUCGGCUGUGGGAUAAAUUUAGAAAGCAUUUUGGAGUAUUUGGAACACGUGUUGACAAAGCCGGAUCCCGAAUUGCGCAUUGCAUCGGAUGUCUUGAUUCAUCUGGUGCGCUGUUGCUUUUCGUUCUUCCAGCGUCGUAAAGAAUUGUAUUUUCCGACGCGCCCAUGUACGGAUUCGUCGAAGGCCGAUGGGAUUGACGAGUACCUAUUGAUGCGAAGGCCGGAAUGCCUAGGUUUACAGGAUGUUCUGCAGAACUUCUGUGACAGUGCCAUAAUCCAUCGUGGGAGCUUUUCCGUUGAGUCACACGAUAGCUCCUUCAAUUCGGAUGAUAUAUCAAGCCGCGUCUCGAGCACACCCAAGGGGCAAACGGCUUCGACACCGACUAUUUCUGAAGCAACGUUUCAGACACCGAGUUGUAUCAGAACACUCAAUUUGCUCGAAAUACGAGAUGCAUUGAGUGAAUUGAAACAGUCCGUGAAUACGCGUAAUGGAUGCCAUGAUAUUGAAGACCGUGUGGAAAAAUGUGUUCAAAAGCUAGCUCAAUUGCUCCUACCGUCGACCGUUGAUGUUGCCGCUUCUAGUAGCGAAAAUUCCCACGUUUUCCUGAAGCUCGAGAACCCCUUGUCUGUUUUCGACACACCGACAUGGUCGCCUUCAGUUUCAAGAACAUUGGAAGAUAUCUCGGCAGUGAAGACGUUGUCUGGCAUACCCAACAAAAUGACUGUUCCACCAAUGUGUAUAUCUGUGAAUGAGAACGCACCUCCGGCGCCACCGCCGCCACCACCACCACUACCUCCUCCUCCUCCACCGCCGAUGCCUGCGGGGGUGUUCGGUUUCAAGAAGAAAUUAGAAAUCAAUAAGCGUGGUCUUGAAAAUUCCAAGCAAACCGCGAAGAGUGUGCCAGACAUGAAGGCAGUGUUAGCUGGAAUGAAGGAUGUAAAAUUGAGGAAGGUCGAAAGGUCACCUGGGGGUCGACCGAUAAAGAAACACGACAAGGAUGACGAUUCAAACGAGCUACUCAAUUUACUCAAGCGUCACGUCAACAACAGGUACAAAGCUAUGCAUGUUGAAGACGAAUCUCCAGCUGACGAGAACUCGGAGCAGUGGAGUCAUGAUAAUUCCGGAACUUCCCCUCAAACGUGUUCUGUAAUGACGAAGUGGAAUGCGAAGAAGCUUUCUGAUACUCCCACUGGCUCUUUUGGUCAGCACUUGCUGCGACGUCGGCGGCCGUUGGAACUCAGGAAUGAAAACUAUGCCUGUUGAUUAGACGUGAGAAGCCGUGAUAUCGUGAACCGGUUCCUUGUCUCUCGCGUCAGUGCUGCUUGCGGUUCAGUGGUUUUUUCGCAUGACGAUUUGCAUGACAAUUUCAUAAAAUUUUUGCAAAAUCUUGUCCAA